AUGUCCGUUCCAGAUGUCCAAGACUCCAGACCUCCUGUGGUCUUCCUACCCGCCAGCGAAUUCACCAUUGAGCGUGUCUUUCCCAUCCGCAAUCUGGUUAACAAGACGGUAGAAGGGACCUGGAACAAUGGAGACGAUGCUCUUAGAUCUGGCGCUGAUGCCCAGCCUGGAACAUCUCGGCGAGACGACAACGUAAACCCCGUCUAUGUCUCAGCUCCAGCUCCAGCUCCAGCUCCUCCACCAAGCCUCCCGACCCCUCCUCCCAGCACUAUACGAAGCGUGGCAACCCCGCCGCCUCCAGAUAAUGGGCCUUUCAUAACAGAUGACGGCAAUGCGCGGCUGGUCACUGAGAGGAAGCUUGUCCCAUCACAGUCAGGUCCGCCGGGCGUGUUGCCAGGUGUUACCGGGGAAGAGACAAAGUCUACGUUCCAUCGAUGCGAAGAUGAACCAAUCCGCAUACCAGGAGCUAUACAAUCUUUCGGAGCGCUGGUAGCUUUCAAGUCCAAUGCGGACGAAGUUUUCGAAUGCCGUAUCUGCAGUGAGAAUUGUCGCAGUAUCUUGGGCUACGGGCCUGAAGAGCUUUUCGCCUUGAGGUCCUUCCUUGAUAUAAUAGAGCCAGGCGAUCGGGAGGAAAUGGUCAUUCAUGUCACGCAUGCCCUGGAGCACCCCGCCAAGCCGAAUGAGGAUACCCAGCUCGAUAUCUUCAACAUUUCAAUCAUAUCAUCAGAUGGGUCUCGAAUUCGUCUCUGGGGUGCUAUACAUGCACUCGCCCUAGGAGGUCUGGUGAUAUGUGAAUUUGAAGAACAUGCAGAUGGUUUCUAUCUCAAGGAUCCGGAAGGUGUAACCAAUCUGCCCAGGACGCCUUUUGCAUCUCUUGGUAUGGAUGUUUCUCCCGAGGACAGGCUCAAAAGCACCACGAGUGGGAGCACACCCUUAAAGGCCCUCGAAAUGGCCCGAUGGAAAGGACAAACGGCAUCCUUUUCCAUGGACAUUUUCAAUGCCAUGACACAGGCGCAACAGCAAUUAGCUGCGUCGAAUACUGUACAGCAAGUCCUUGAUGUUGUAGUAGGAAUCAUCUCAGAGCUUACAAGUUUCCAUCGGGUGAUGAUGUAUCGCUUUGACGAACAAAUGAACGGAAGUAUAGAUGCUGAACUUGUCCACCCGGAAGCGAGCAACGACUUGUUUAGAGGCAAGCAACCUCGCCUUCACUUUCCAGCGUCAGAUAUUCCAAAGCAGGCUAGAGAUUUGUAUAAAAUCAAUCGAAUUCGUGUUUUACACGACCGUGAUGCAGAAACAGCCAGAUUGGUUUGCCGCGAUGCAACUGACUUCGCGGUCCCGCUUGAUCUCAGUCAUUCAUAUUUACGUGCCAUGUCACCCAUCCAUUUGAAGUACCUCGGCAAUAUGGGUGUCCGAUCUUCUAUGUCGGUAUCAAUCGUCAUUAAUUCCGAGCUUUGGGGCUUGAUUGCCUGUCAUCAGUAUGGAGAGCAUGGACUUCGAAUGCCACUGCCAACUCGAGAACUUUGUCGAAACAUUGGCGAAUGCGCGGCAACGAACAUUGAGCGCCUGCUUAUGAUUCAACGCAUAAAAGCUCGAAAACCACCUGCUACGACUCCACCGACGCAGUCUCCUGCAGGGUUUAUUGCUGCCUCGUCUGCUGACCUACUUCGUGUCUUUGACGCCGAAUUCGGCCUCCUAAGCAUUCAAGACGAAGCGCAAGCAAUUGGAAGGCUAGAUCCGUACCCUGAAGCUCUAGCAAUACUUACUUACUUACAAUCUCGACGUUUCACCACAAUAAUUUCAUCACAGAACAUCAAUGUCGACUUUCCUGAUAUCAAGUUUGCCGCUGGAAUUCAUAUGAUAUCAGGACUGCUUAUCAUCCCAUUGAGUAUUGAGGGAAACGAUUUUCUAGUCUUCUUCCGGAAGGGUCAGCUGAAAGAAAUACGAUGGGCAGGCAAUCCGUACGAGAAGAUUGUCCGCGCCGGUAGUGAGUAUCUCGAACCCAGGGCUAGCUUUAAGCGCUGGACCGAAACUGUCCUCGGCAGAGGUAAGCAGUGGACUGAUGACCAGUUAGAGACUGCCAGAGUGUUGAGCCUUCUCUAUGGUAGGUUCAUUGAGAUCUGGAGGCAAAAGGAAUCCGCAAGCCAAAAUAGUCGGAUGACGCGUCUGUUGAUAAGCAAUGCAUCCCACGAAGUCCGGACGCCACUCAAUGCAAUUGUCAAUUAUCUGGAAAUGGCCCUAGAGGACAAAAUGGAAGAUCCGACUCGCGAACUUCUAGAGAAAGCACACAAAGCAUCACGAUCCUUGAUCUAUGUCAUUGAUGAUCUAUUGAAUCUUACAAAGGCCGAAGAUAGUCCUGUCAAUUCAAAGGGUGAAACCUUUGAUCUCGGAGCCACCGUAUCAUAUGCUAUCACUGCUUUUCGCAAAGAAGCAAUGCGCAGGGGGCUCGAUUUGACGGUCUCCACACAUCAAGGUUUACCAAAGAGGGUCAAAGGUGAUGCGGCUCGUCUACGUCAAGUGCUAUCAAAUUUGACCACAAAUGCUUUUCAACACUCUGUAGCAGGUGGAAUCAAGGUGGACAUCCGCCCCAUCCUGACUAAGGAAACCAUCUCGGUGAUAGACAUCACCGUCCAAGACGUUGGGGCUGGAAUGUCGGAAACCCAGCUCGAUGACCUAUUCCAGGAAUUUGAGCAAAUUAUUGACGAGGAUGGUCGCUCUGUAACUGCAUCUAAACUACCACCGAUCAUGGGAGAGGAUAUGAAAACUCUGGGUCUUGGCCUCGCUGUCGUUGCUCGAUAUGUGCGCAAUAUGAAUGGACAGAUCAGGGUUCGUAGUGAGCUCGGAAAGGGCACAAUCUUCGGGAUCGAAUUGCCCUUCGAGCACGCUCCCCUCGAUAAUAUACGACUGUCACCAGGUGAACCUCCUGCGCUUGGAGUAUUGUCAGUCAGCACUCAUACCCAGGCUGAACCUCUAUUGGUAUCACUUCCAGACCUCAAAAGCAAACAGAUUGCCAGCAAAAACGAUAACACGACCCCACACCAGGAGACUAUCAUUCCACUCCCAAAGCCGCCUCACCCUACUGCCAUGACGCCUGGGACGUUAAGUUCUGGUUUCAGCAGUCUCUCGGGUGCGAGUGGGAGCCCGAACUUUCCUUUCCCCAGAAUGGGCCGAGAUGAUUCUGAUCCUAAAGAGCUUCUGUCGGUGCUCAUUGCGGAGGACAAUCCCAUCAACGCUAAGCUGCUCACUCGCCGUUUGGUCAGAUUGGGUCACGAAGUGGUCGUUGCGCGUGAUGGCCAAGAAUGCCACGACCACUUUGCUUCGAAACUUCAAAAAGUCGAUGUCAUACUCAUGGACCUACAGAUGCCACUUAUAGAUGGAGUACAGUGCACAAAAAUGAUUCGGGCCUUGGAAAAGGUGUCUGGGCAGACCCUGAAGGAACGCCCCAGGGUACCGAUUAUUGCAGUUUCUGCCACUCUUACAGAAGACAACAGAUUUGACUACUUGCAGAACGGUUUCGAUGGAUGGAUUCUGAAACCAAUCGAUUUCAAAAGACUCGACUUCCUACUUCAAGGCAUCAAUACUCGACAUCUCAGAUGCAAUGCCCUAUACAUGCCGGGUGCGUGGGAGCAGGGAGGUUGGUUCCUAGCAUGA